CAGCGCCCUUGCGCCGAGCACAGCCGCCGCUCGCCCGCUGCCCGCUGCCCGCCGCGUCCGUGCGUGUGUUGCCAUGAAGCAACACGAAGAAAUAUUGGUAAGCUCGUAUAAUGCUAAAACUACCCAAAGGCCUUAAAAAGAAGAAAAAGGGUAAAAAGUCGAAACGCAAGGGAGAAGAGGAGCUCUUUACCGAGGCGGAGCUUGAACAGUACCGGCGUGAGCACCAGCAGCAGGCCGAGCAGGGCGAGCCCGGCGCCAACCAGAAUGAGGAGUGGUCCAAGUUUAAGGACUUGACCACCGGCGUCGACACCGUCCUCAAGAAGACUCAGGGUGACCUCGACCGCAUCAAGUCCACUUCGUUCUUCCAGCGCGUGCCCGCUGGCGUGAAGCAGCCGGAGCGCGGUCCUAGCCCGCCGCCGCCGCGGCCGUACGUCGAAGUAACUGCGGCCGACUUUCCGCAGCUCGCGGCUGCGAGCGCCGUCGCCGCCGACGACGACCGCAGCGAGUACGGCCUCACCGACGACGAGUCUGAGGAGGACGACCAGGACGACAUCUUCGACACCUCCUACGUCGAGGCCGUCGAGCGCGGGGAGGUCAAGCUCGCCUACGUACCUGACUCGCCCACUGAGUGUCAAGACGACGAUAUCUUCGAUACUUCUCACGUUGAUGCGCUUAUCAAGGGCCAAGAAUCGAAAACUUCUAAAGGAAAACAAGCUUUAGAUAUCGGUCUUGCCGUCGGUGUACUCACAGGGCGGAUAGAUAAUGUGACUGUCACAACCACUAAGCGAUCUAAGAGAGUCAUACCCGGUGACCUUUUGCUUGAAAGUACCGAUCAGGAGGGUGCGUUCGUGCCUAUUGCGGCUGUCAGUGAACCCGUAGAAACAAGUAUAUUAGACGCUGACUCUGAUAUACCUAUUACAACCCCUAUUGACUUGAGUGUCUCGCUCCACACGUCUCUGAUACAACAGAGUAAGAACGCCAGCCAGGAGGAUCUAUCUUUACGUAACGAAGAAUUUGGAGGCAAUAAAGAAGAAGAGGAACUCGACGAAUUCGCGUUAUUAGCCGCGGAGUCUCUUGAAGCUAGCGCUGAAGUCACUAAAUUAGAAGAAAAUCAAAUCAAAGUUGAACCUGUGUUGCAAGAAUCGUGGUCAGCUUUCGAAGCCGAUAAGAGCGAUUCAGUGUUUGCCGAGUGUAUUGUCGAAGACCAGAUCGACGUAAUUGACCCGUACCUCGACCAAGACGAUCCUUUUGACACUAGUUUUGCUGAAGCUGUGGUUCCGGGGUCUAAGGAGCAACAGGUGAAGCACGAAGCGAUUAUCUUAGAAGACGACGACGAUUUCGAUCCACGCGCAGAGGAAGUUCAAAGUAGGCUCAAUAACAGACGAAAGUCAUCGGUUCGCAUCCACCUAACUAAUCCGUCGGGAUUGAGAGAAUCUAUUACUUCUGACGAAAUAAUCGACAAUAAAGAGGAAGAGCAAUUUGCGGUUUCUCGAGAUUUAUUGGGAGGCAGUACCACUGAUUUGACACAGCUGGGUGACUCGCCAUUAGAUCCGUUAGACGUGAAUGACACUGAAAUAGAUCCGUUCGACACGACUAUUGUUGAUAAAAUCGUCGCACCUGGAAAGGUCGAAUUAAAACUUCUCGAACAAGAGUUGAUCGGGAGCACUCCAGCUCCUGCGCCUGUCUACCGAGUGCCGAGCGAUCCAGACUUCGAUCCACGCUCAGAAGAGCCUAGCAAAUCGGAAAGACGUGCAUCUCGACCGGAAAAUCUCGUCGUCGGUAAGAGCGUAGUUUUUAACGUCACCGGAGACGGAGCUCUCGAUAUAGACAUAAAGCCUAAACUACCUAAGCCCGUGACACCGUACUACACGCGGGAACUGUCCAUCACCGAAGAUAUAAGCGAAGACGCCGGCGAGGCCGCCGACGCAGUUCCGGGACUCGUGCGAACUCGCUCCAACGAGGACUUAGCCCCCAAGUCGAAUUACCAGGCAAAGCGGCGGCACUCGGAGCUACCGGGCGGCCGCAGCUCCGACCUACUGGGUGAGCCUGCCGACCUGCCCACCAAGGUGCUGACGCCGAGUGUGCCGCCGCGCCCGCCUGCUCCCGCGUCUCACCACGACCCAUUCGACACCUCCUUCGCCGGAGACAUCGCACCCAGCAAGACCGAGCUUCGGCUGCUAGCCAAAGAGUUUUCUUGCGAGGAGUCGCCACCCGCGCUCGGUCCCGGCGGCGAACCCGACCUGUUGGAUCCGUCCGACGAUAUAUUUCAAGUUAAGGCGCUCACUCCGGAGCCCUCGACCGCGGCGCGUUUGCCGCAAGAAGAGUACGACCCUUUCGAUACGUCGUUCGCCGGUGAUCUCAAUCCGGGUCGAACGGAACUGAAACUCUUAGACAUGAAUGAGCCGGCUGCCCCGGUCACCGCCGACGUCCUCAAUCCUUUCAUGAUGUCGGACCCCGAGCCGGCCGCCUACAAUGGGGACAAUCCGUUCGCGACAAGCAACCCUUUCUCUGAUUUCGGUGGUGGCGGCUUCGAGCCCGCCGCCGGCGACACCGUACCUUCUGACUUGUUUGGCGGCCCCGACCCGCCCGGCGGCGGUGCGAGACACUAUGCGGAGAACGUCGCCACCACCGAUAUAUUCUCCACGCCUAUAGUCGACGCGUUCUCAUCUUCGGCGCCGACGAAGCCCACCGAGCUCGUGCUGACGACGACCACCGCGGACCCGUUCAACGAGACGGGCGCGCCGCCGCUGCCGACGCGGCCGCUGCCGCCGGAGACGCAGAACUUGAUACUGAGCGUGACCGGGCAGAUGGAGUUCACGUCCUCGCACCUGCUGGACCGAAUCCCGCCGACGCGCACGCCCAGCCCGGUGUCGGCGCGCGAUAUCCACUCGCCGAGCCCCACGCCUGAGCCGGAGCUGGCGCCCGAAAUUCCCGAGCUGCCGGACGACGCGGCGCCGCCGGACUCCUUCGACAUCAACCGCAACAAGCCGGCGCGACCGCCAGCUCCGCCGCCCGCGCGCCCCGCGCGCCCGCCGCCCCCGCCUGCGCCCGCGCGCCCCGCGCCCCCCGCCGUACCACCCGCACCCGCAGCACCCGCGCCCGCCACUUCUGUCGCCGAUGAUAUUAACCUUUUCGACGCUCCCGCCCCGACCCUCGUGAAACCCACGAAAGAGGCCAUCCUCAGUUUAUACUCCGCCCCCAAAGAGGAAGAGAAGCAGAUUGAUUUUCUCAGCGACGACAUCCUAGAAGACAUUCCGGCGGAUCGCCCCGACGAGGCGGCCGUCGCCACAGACACGUCGCCGCCGUCUCACGGGGUAGUGGCGGACUUGGCGAUGGACUGUUCGGAAUCUAUGCCGGUUGAAUCAGCGGCAUCCGAUUCUUCGCCUUUUGGUGAUGCGUCCACGGAGACCGUUCGGUCCCAGCGAGCGUCGAUUACGGACAAGAACCCAUUCGAAACCUUCGUGACGGAAGAUUCGGCGGCGUCAUUUGCGAAUUCCACCUCCAACGUGUUCGACGCGACCCCGGAGGACUCGUUCAUGGCGCCGGUGGCGGAAGCGCUCGCCGCCACCACAGACGUCGAGUUCACCGCGGCACCGCCGACCACGCAGCCCACGCAGCAGAAUGUUUUCGGUGCGGUAGCGACAGAUGCUUUUGGUGCGACAACGACGGAUGCUUUCGGCACCGAACAAACGAACAUCUUCGGUGUAGACGCUCCGGCGACUCAGCAGCAGACGACAGACGCCGGCUGGGGAGCGGAGUCGCAGGCGAUCGACACCGAUUGGGGCGCCAAGCCGCAGGACGCACAGCAGCAGGGGCAUCCCAACGCGGGCUGGGGAGCGAGCCCCGAGGCGAUGGCGCAAGACGCUUUUCCGGAGUCACAGGAUGCAUUCGACGCUUUCUCCGCUAAAUUUGAUUCGACCGCUGCUAAUCAUUUAAACACCGCGGCGUGGGGCGACGACGCUGCGGGCGCGGGUGGCGAGGCAGGCUUCGAGGCGGAGGCGUUCGACCCGUUCCUGAGCAUGGGCGCGCCGCCGCCGCCCGCCGCCACGCCGCGCCGCGAGCGCGACGGCUCGCCGGACUCCAACGACGACACGUUCUCCGUCUUCAUCAGGCCGGCGGAGGGCGGCGGCGCGGGCGCGGCGGUGCCGGCGCUGGCGCCGCCGCCGCGUCCCGCCGCGCUGCCGGAGUCGCCGAGGGCCAACCCCUUCGACAACGCGGAGCCGACUCACCAAGAAGCUCCUCCAGAGUACAGCACGCGGCGCGGGUCGGACGCGGGGUCGGGCGGGGACACGCCGCCGACGCCACUGUUCGACGAGGACACGUCGGCGCCGCUCGAGGACUUCCCGCGCACCAAGUACGCCGGGCCCGGCUGGGAGAUGCACCUGCGACAGCCCAACAAGAAGAAAAUCACCGGACAGAGGUUCUGGAAGAAGAUCUUCGUGCGUCUCGUGUACCAGGGUGACAACCCAGUAGUGCAACUGAUGCACACGGCCGGGGACAAGGAGCCGUUCCAGGAGCUGCCUCUCCAGGCCUGCUACUCCGUGUCGGAGGUGGGCGCGCAGCAGUUCGACCAGUACGGGAAGAUAUUCACCGUCAAGCUGCAAUACGUCUUCUACAAGGAGCGCCCCGGCGUCAGACCGGGCCAAGUGACCAAGGCGGAGCGGCUGACGAACAAGCUAUCCCAGUUCGCGGCGUACGCGAUCCAGGGCGACUAUCAGGGCGUGAAGGAGUUCGGGUCGGACCUGCGCAAGCUGGGCCUGCCGGUGGAGCACGCGCCGCAGGUGUCGCAGCUGUUCAAGCUGGGCUCGUUGACCUACGAGGACGUCAAGCAGUUCUCCUGCUGCGUCGAGGAGGCGCUGUUCCGCCUGCCGGCGCACCGCGACCGCGCGCUCACUUACAAAAUGGAGGAGGUGCAGAUCACGGCAGUGGACGAGCUGUACGUGGAGCAGGACGCGGAGGGCGCGGUGCUCAAGCAGAUCGCGCGCGUGCGCCUCUUUUUCCUCGGCUUCUUAAGCGGCAUGCCGGACGUGGAGCUGGGCGUGAACGACCUGCGGCGGCAGGGGCGCGAGGUGGUGGGCCGCCACGACAUCAUCCCCGUCGUCACCGAGGAGUGGAUCCGCGUCGAGGACGCCGAGUUCCACGCCUGCGUGCAGCCCGACGAGUUCACGCACACACAGAUCAUCAAGUUCAAGCCGCCGGACGCGUGCUACAUCGAGCUGAUGCGGUUCCGCGUGCGCCCGCCCAAGAACCGCGAGCUGCCGCUGCAGCUGAAGGCUGUCUGGUGUGUCACCGGCAACAAGGUGGAGCUGCGCGCGGACAUCCUGGUGCCGGGGUUCGCGUCCCGCAAGCUGGGGCAGGUGCCCUGCGAGGACGUGGCCGUGCGCUUCCCCAUCCCGGAGUGCUGGAUCUACCUGUUCCGCGUCGAGAAGCACUUCCGAUACGGCUCCGUCAAGUCCGCGCACAGACGUACAGGCAAGAUCAAGGGCAUCGAGCGGUUCCUGGGCGCGGUGGACACGCUCCAGGAGUCGCUGAUCGAGGUGACGUCAGGACAGGCCAAGUACGAGCACCAGCACCGCGCCAUCGUGUGGCGGAUGCCGCGGCUGCCCAAGGAGGGCCAGGGCGCGUACACGACGCACAACCUGGUGUGCCGCAUGGCCCUCACCUCGUACGACCAGAUCCCCGCCGAGCUGGCGCGCUGGGCGCACGUGGAGUUCACGAUGCCGGCCACGCAGGUGUCGCACAUGACCGUGCGCUCCGUCAGCCUGCAGAACCACGACAAUGACCCGCCCGAGAAGUACGUGCGCUACCUCGCACGCCACGAGUACAUCGUGGGCAUCGAGCGCACGUCGGGGCAGUCGGCGCCGGCGUACGCGCUGGCCACGGCGCGGGACGCCCCCCCCCCCCCCCCCCCCGCCGCCGCCACCGCCCCCGCCGCCCCCGCGCAGCCCUCCUCGGACUCCGACUCCGACUAGACUGUGACGUCAUAGACACACAUCGGCCGAUACGCGACACUGCGCCAUUAUACAUAAUAUAUUAGUAACUUAUACGUAACAUAUCUAUCGGUUAGUACGUUAUUUAGAAUAUAUAUCAUUGCAAAAAUAUAAUAUCAUUUGAUUUGUAUUUGUCGCAUUAGAUGAAAUAUUAAUAAUUGAUGGACGAGGUGGAACGUCCACGGUGGCGAGGGACGAAACGACACCCUCUCGCCGCGAGCGGGCCGCAGCGCCGCGCGCCGCGCGCCGGUGGAGGGCUCACGUAGGGAUAAUUAAAUUUGUACAUAAAUAAUAUUGAAUAUGAUAUUACGUUAAUCAUGUGAUGUAUAAAAGCGCUUAGGGACGAUACCCACCGAUUAUGUGUAGCCAUUACGCGCGACCACAUCGCCGCCGCCGCCGCCCCCGCGGCCCCUCGCUCGACGCCACUGGCCACCCCGCAGGUCGCUGUGGCGCGGUGGCGGCCGCGCUCGCUGUCAUGUCGUUUCCAGUAGUUGUUGACGUGUUUAUUAGUGGUUUAAGCAAUAUUGUUAUCCAUUACGACACAUACUUAGGUAUAAGAGUAGAUGAGCAUGGUGUGGACACUGCGUACAGCACAGCGAGGGUGCAGCGUAGUAGGGCGGACCGUCGCCUGCGAGGGAGUGUAUAUAACUCUGCAUAGAACUAGCGCGAAUUGUGUACUCUGUAAGUGCUACCGACCUCGUAGAGGCUCGUUUGCUUAACGUCACGUAGUGCGAGAUAUAUUAUUUAUGUAAAAAGCCAAAAAAAAAAUCUAUUUAUUGUUAAAACGUAUACUCAAUAAUCGAGCCUAGGAUUGCUACAAUAACUAUUAUGAACUAUAACUAUCCACGUUUGAGAUGUGUUGCAUAUAAGGACGUACCUAUACAGAUGGACCCUAUGUUUUGUUGUCAAUAAAAUGUAAU